AUGAAAGAAUAUAAACAGGAGGAUUUAAACAAAUUGCCUUCCUACAAUCAUUUCUACAAGAAGUUCAAUGACGGCUGCGGUAAGUGUGACGGCUAUCCGGGGCUCGAAGACUUGAAAAACAAUUUAAGCGGACAUACCACUAUUGCAGAACAUACGGUUGAGGCUGUAAGUGCCUAUUGCUGUAUAUCUAGUAUGACAGAGCAGGAUAACUUAUAUGAAGAACGCUGGAAUUUCUUCUAUUACUGGAUAGGGGACCUCUUAUUCAAAAAUCCAGAGAAUGUUGACAUGGUCCCGACCACUCUAAAUUUGAUCUGUAAAUAUAUGAAUAUUAACCACAAGGAAGAGGGAUGUGAAAUUAUUUGCGACAGUACUAUUGAAAAAGACGAAAUCAACCACAGAAAAACCAUAUUCGACUAUUGGCAAGACUAUAAUGAUUUGCACGUACUAUUACAAGAUAGUGGGUCCAAUUGUGAUCAGCAAUAUGGCAAAUAUCUCGAAAAAGUUGGUUCAGCUUAUAGGAAAGUAUACGAAUUCUGCCGAAGUAGGGGCUCUGAUCCCUACUGUUCUGAAUUCAACAGUAAGUGUAAUCAGUACGGUACCAAUGGACAAUUGAAAUUAAAAUGUGCUCCCGCACAGGCAUCGGAUCGUAUAGAACCUGCAGAACGCUCUCAGUCCAUGGACGAUACAGCCUCAUCUGAAGGCAGUAGUAGUACUAUUCCUGCCAUAUCUGGUACAUUGGCAACAAUAGGAAUUGGCACCGCUAUCACUGCCCUUCUAUAUAAGUACACUUCCUUACCAUCUUUGUUACGUACACAUUUUGGAGGAGGAAGUAAAAGUAACAACAUCAAUACAAGAAACAGAAGAGGAAAAAGGUCCAUUGAACAUCAUUUUGAUGCGUUUACAGAAGACGACACCUUAACAGUAGAUUAUUCUACAGUAGCAGAGUCCACAAUAUCUGAUUCUAUAGCAGAAUCAACAACAGCGGAUGCUUCUACCCUAUAUAAUGAAGAAGGAGCACCACCUGGAAGAAAAGGACGAACAAAUAAUGGUAGAAGACCAGGAAACAGGGACAGCAAUAUUAGUUAUAGUAGCAUGUAG